ACAACAAUAAUGCCUGGAGAAUACUUGGGUAAUCUCAUUAACCCUCAUUUUAGGAUGCAUAUCUCUUAUCUUGUAUUUCACGCUAUAGGAUGCAUGUCUCUGCUCUUUUACUUUAUGCUAGAGGGGUUGCAUUGGUUGCACCUUCUACGUUUAGUACAUGCAUACGGAUAUGGAAGUUGCAAGCCUACAAAGCGCGCCAGUCUUCAACUUGAUCACGACAUCCACAACGACAGCACUCACAAGACAUCCACGACAUCUAUAACACUCACAAGACAUCCACGGCAUCCACAACGACAUUAGGAUUCACGACGGCAUCCACAACGACAUCAGGAUUCACGACGGCAUCUACGACAACAUCACGACGGCAUCCACAACGACAUCACGACAACAUCACGACGACAUCACGACGGCAUCCACAGCACUCACCAUGGGGUCCGAACGCUUGUGGAGGCCAAGCCCGAAAGUCCGCACUUCACUGAAAGAUGGAAGUCGAACGCCAAAGGAUGACAGAGAGAGGGACUGGCUCCAGUCGCAUUAUCGUUUCAAUCCCGUGUCUGGUGACAAUCACGACUCUGCCUCUGUCUCUGCGGAACAAGACACACACCGAGAGCACGAUGUCUACCAGCCGUCUAGCCGCCGUGAAGAGAGCGUUCGCGUUCGCUCACGCCGUCGUAGGCAAGACACACACCGAGAGCACGAUGUCUACCAGCCGUCUAGCCGUCGUGAAGAGAGCGUUCGCGCUCGUUCACGUCGCCGCAUAGACGAAAAUCACCAAGAGAACGAUGUCUACCAGCCGUCUAGCCGUCGUGAAGAGAGCGUUCGCGCUCGUUCACGUCGCCGCAUAGACGAAAAUCACCAAGAGAACGAUGUCUACCAGCCGUCUAGCCGUCGUGAAGAGAGCGUUCGCGCUCGUUUACGUCGCCGCAUAGACGAAAAUCACCAAGAGAACGAUGUCUACCAGCCGCCCAGCCGUCGUGAAUCAAGUGUUACCAUUCGCUCACACCGCCGUAUGGACGACAACCAUCGUGAUCGUCCACCGCCUGUUGGUCACCCCAACGAACAAGAACAACUCCGCCGAGAAGCACCACCUGCUGAUCGCCCCAACGAACAAGAACAACUCCGCCGAGAAGCACCACCUGCUGAUCGCCCCAACGAACAAGAUCAACCUCGCCGAGAAGCACCGCCUGCUGAUCGCCCCAAUGAACAAGAACAUGGUUCCACACUAUAUGUACCAAAUGACAUCCUUGCACUUCUGCGCAACGUCCUAGACCCGGACGACCCUUUUCUAAAGCAGAAUGUCACAGCUACACGAGCACAGCCCCUAUUAACAUCAAGUCAUUCAACUGCACAAAGUUCUUUCACCGUUGUUCCGGAGUCUUCAGCAGCAAAGAGAAAGGCCCCUAGCCACUCCGAACACGACGAUGAUCACCCGCCUCUUCCGCCUCCGAAGAAGAAGGUCGAUACAGAGGAAGCAGGAGCACAUGUUUGGAUCCGGUGUCUCGGUGGUCAGCCAGGCAUACCUAAGCGGCCGACCUGGGUAUUCGUCUUUCGCAGUUCAUGGGCAUGGAACCACGCAGACCUUACACUCAGCCUGGAGGACUAUUUCCAGGGACUUUCCCUUAGGGCACAUGCCAUGUCAACAAUGAAUGGCGAGCGGAUCGACUUCAGUGAGGCAGUUAUGGUCAUAGGGUCUAGCGUGAAGUCGUCGUUGACGCCGUCUGUAGCGCCUGACUGCCUUACCACAAACAACGAAAAGAAUACCGGGAUGGAGGUCAAAUAUUACACCAAAUGCGACACAUGCAACCAAGAGUUCUCGACUGGGCAUUCACGAUGGGCAUCACAACUGUUACUGAACGUCUUCAAGUCGCUUCUAUCCCACCAUCACUCCAAGCAUGGUGUUAACCUAAAAGUUAUCAACUGUGCCCACAACUUUAAACUUCAUGACCAUGUAUCCCAUUACAGCGGUCAUCUAGUAAGUUGCCAUGGUCCUGACAUCGUCGAAGCACUCAAAAUCAACCCCAAAGUGGAGGCUCGGUGCAGGAGCAGAGUCAUAGGUUCAGCACAUCCAUUGCAGACUAGCAUACAGCAUCUCCACCGACAAGGAGCUAUGGAGCUCAAAAACGAGAAAACAAUCAAGGCCUUCUCGACACCCGUAGUCAAGAGAUUCACUACCUCAAUUAUGUCUCUCUUACAGCCCGGCUCCUAUCCGCAACAUCUUGUUCUUUUUAGCAUUAACGCGAUGGGCUGUUGUGUGGAAAAUCUGGGGACCUGGCUAACGCAGAAGUCAUUCUGUCUCCACAUUGUUGUGCGGUUUCAGGAGCAACCAGAAGGGCUUGAUACGUCGGAGUGGGAAAGUGUGAUGGGUUACAAAGGAGAGCGUAUGCUGAUUGGGACGUACGAUUCUACCAAGCUAGCGAGUGCUAUUGAGGGCAACGGUAAUGCGCUUCAUUAA